CUCUAAAACAAAAUCAGGAAUAGAAAACACACGAACCGAUUCCCAUCUGCAUCUCUCCCCACAAGAGAAAAAUACCGAGCGAGCUCGGCCGAUCCCCAAAUCCCCACGCACCUCAUGGCGGCGAGCCUGUGGCGAGCGGUGAUGGGCACCGGCGCCUCGUCGGCGGACGCCGACACCACGGGCGGGGUGGAGUUCUGGCGCUCGCCGGAGCGCUCGGGGUGUCUGACCAAGCAAGGGGAGUACAUCAAGACGUGGCGGCGGCGGUGGUUCGUGCUGAAGCAGGGGAGGCUCUUCUGGUUCAAGGACUCGGUCGUCACGCGCGCGUCGGUGCCCCGCGGCGUCAUCCCCGUCGCCACCUGCCUCACCGUCAAGGGCGCCGAGGACACGCUCAACCGGCAGUUCGCCUUCGAGCUCUCCACCCCGACGGAGACCAUGUACUUCAUCGCGGACUCCGAGAAGGAGAAAGAGGAGUGGAUCAACUCCAUCGGGCGCUCCAUCGUCCAGCACUCCUGCUCCGUCACCGACGCCGAGGUCGUCGACUACGACAGCGGCCGUCCUGCCGCCUCAGUAGCUGCAGGCGACGAGUGAUCGAUUCAUCGAUUGAUUGGUGAGCAGAAGGACCUAGCGUUCCUGUAAGUCUACAGCAUUUCCAUGGUACUUACUUAGGUUUUGCUAUUAUGUUUCAUGUUGUUUCUUGAUUUGUGAGCGUCAGGUGUGCAUUUGUAUAUUACUGAUUAUUAUGAGGGAAUAAAUUUGGGAUUCUAGUGUAUAGCACGCUCUUUGAUACCGUCGAACAAGUUCACUCCUUGUAACCUUCUUUAAUAAUGCACGAUUUGUUUGGUCAA